AUGAUUUAUACGUCGUCAAAGAGCUUACAAUACCUUGCCGUGCCCAUCUACACAAUUUUCAAGAAUCUGACGAUCAUUCUCAUUGCUUAUGGCGAGGUCCUCUUCUUUGGCGGAAAAGUCACUUCUAUGGAGUUGACGUCAUUUAUUAUGAUGGUCCUUUCAUCUGUAGUGGCCACCUGGGGCGAUCAGCAGGCCAUUGCAAUCAAAGCAUCAUCUUUGGAGGAUCUCGAUCAGGAACUUGUUGAGUCAACCAUCUUUGUGUUGAAUCCGGGGUACCUCUGGAUGUUCACCAAUUGUAUUUCGUCUGCAUUGUUCGUUUUGAUUAUGCGGAAGAGAAUUCGGCUGACUAACUUUAAAGACUAUGAUACUAUGUUUUAUAACAACGUUCUGGCAUUGCCUUUGCUGCUAGUCUUUUCCUUCAUUAUGGAAGAUUGGUCCACAAAGAAUUUGUCUGUGAACUUGUCCGCCGACUCACUGGCAGCAAUGGUCAUCAGUGGGCUCAUGUCCGUGGGGAUAUCGUACUGUUCCGGCUGGUGUGUUCGUGUAACUUCCUCUACAACGUAUUCUAUGGUUGGUGCUUUGAACAAAUUGCCCAUAGCGUUGGCGGGAUUGGUGUUCUUUGACGCUCCAAAAAACUUUUUGUCCUUCUUUUCUAUCUUUCUAGGAUUUCUGUCUGGCCUGCUGUACGCUGUGGCUAAACAGAAAAAGAUACAACAGCAAAAAGUUCUAGCAGCUACUCUUGAGAAGUAG